ACGAGUUUGUGGCACGUCAAGCUGUCCGUAUGGCUACACAAGGCGUUCAACCCGCCGUCCUCCCUCUUAGCGAGCAAAAGAGCAUUUUAGUGGACUUUGCAGCGCCCAACAUGGGCAAGAAGCUGCACGUGGGUCAUCUGAGGUCCUCCGUACUGGGCGACACCAUCUGCAACCUCCUCGAGUUCCGUGGUCACCGCGUCUCGCGAAUUAGCCACACCGGCGACGUCGGCUCCGCUCUAGCCACACUUAUUGUGGAGCUCUUGGAGCAAAACGUGGCUCUAGAGACACUCACGGACGCUCAGCUGGGCAAAUACUACGAAAGCGGCAAGCGGAGACUCGAAAUGGACACUGUAUUCAAACAUAAAGUGGACGAUGUUGUCCUCCAACUGCAACGACUCGGAACUAAUGGUGAAGUGGACCCAAAAGUCCGCGACGCAUGGACACGUGCGUGCCAAGUGAGCCGAGAAGCCUAUCAGCGCAUCUUCGACCGUCUGGGCGUCAACGUCAUCGAACGUGGUGAGUCCACGUACAUGCCACUGGUGUCUCCAGUCGUCCAGAAGAUGCAGGACAGUGGGCAGGCAGUCGAGUCACGAGGCGCUCUUGGAGUCUUCCUCGACGGACCAGACAAGCCUCCAAUGCUCAUUCGCAAGAGCGACGGCGGCUUCCUGUACGCCACAGUGGAUUUAGCGUGUCUGCACUCGCGUAUCCACGGCUUCCCAGGCGUCGAUUCGACUCAGUACGACGAGAUCGUGUACGUGACGGACCAGAGUCAGCAACUGCACUUCAAGCACUUGUUCGCUGCAGCUCAACAAGCCGGAUGGACACAGAGACAGAAUAAGGAGGACGUGAAGCUGACUCAUGCACCUUUCGGCUUGGUACUGGGUCACGACGGUACCAAACUCAGCUCGCGUAACGGGGCGUUCGACUACCUGGAGGAUCUACUCGAUGGCGCGGCGGCUGAGUGUUCCCGUCAAGCGUUGGCCUCUGCUACCACUGGCGUCGUCGCGAGCGAACUUAAGUUGACGCAGGAACAGGUCGACGCGCAGAACCGCGUGGUUGGAGACGCUGCGGUGCGAUACUUUGAACUGGCUCAGCAGCGCGAACGCAACUACAAGUUCAUCAUGAGCAACGUGCUGAACCUGAAGGGCAACACGGGCGUGUACCUCAUGUACGCGUCUGCGAGACUGCAAGGUAUUCUACGCAAGGCUGGCGGCUCGUCGUGGGACGCUUUUCUAGGCCUCUCGAGCGACAGUCUGGCGGCACAAGACGUGCUGGCACACGCCUCGAUCGACUGGCAUCCGUCCGAACGCGCGUUGGCGUUGCUAUUGUCUCAGUUCGACGACGAAGUGGCCGCUACAUUGGCUCAUCUGUACCCUCACUACUUGUGCGACUACCUUUUCCGUGUGGCCGGCCACUUCCACGGCUUCUACGAGAACUGCCGUGUGCUUCAAGAUCCGCAUCAAGACAGUCGCCUACUUCUCUGUGCUGCGACCGACGCCGUGCUACGACGUGGUCUGCAGCUUGUCGGGGUCGAAGCAGUCGACCGCAUGUGAAUAGAAUGCCAAUGGUUUCGACUCCUUUGUGUUGGUUGGAGCUACUGUACAUGUAUUAAUACAUG